AUGAACCUGUUAUUUCUCCUUCUAGUCAUAGAAAAUGUAAUUUUUGCGUGGAAAAUUCCUAUUCAGCGGCUGGACUCGUUCAAACAUCGACAAAUUUCGGAGGGUUCGUUAAAAUCUCAGGCUUUAAAAAUGAUUUCUAAAUACAUACAUUUAUUGUAUUUAUAAUUGGUUUUGAUUACCUUUAAGGGAAUUUUGAGCUAGUAUCGCGGUACAAUGACAAACAUAGUCGAUUCACCAAAGCCUCCGCGAUUCGAAGAGUUAGAAGAUUUUUGGAUCAAACAGACACUCAAAUUCAAUACCUCAAGGACUAUACAGACACGGAAUAUGUCGGUAAGGAAGGGUUAAACUGAUAGGAUAAGAUGCGCUAUAUCUUCGGUGCUUGUGCAAAGCCAAGGCUAAGAUUUUCAGGGAAUAAUUUAUGGGUUAUUUAGACUGCCAUAUUAUAGAUAAAUAUGUAUAUCAUGCUCGCUCGAAGUAUUAGGUUGUCUCAAAAAUAAUGUCCCUCUUCCAAAUUUUAAUCAUCGUUUUACCGUGACCCGACUCGCAGCAUACUGGCCUAGCAUAGAGUUGAUAUUUCGUGUAGCUUCUGAAACCUUGGUAUAUACCUUGUUUUUGCUUGCACGAGUUGAUAGCAUGGAUCGAUUUUUUCCAAAAUUUUGAACUGGCGCUAAAUUACUGUAAUCUCACCCAACUAUGGCAAAUUAUAUAUUAAACGAAAGCCUGAGAUCACAGCUCCAAACUGGUAAAAUAUUGUGACAUUUGGUUGGUGCUUACGUUUUUUAUAGACCUUUGACUUUGCCCUUCUCGAAUUGGGACAUUAUUUAUUGGACAACCUAAUACCUUUCUCUCUCAUCAAAAAAUUCAAAUUCAGGACUUGUAUCAAUCGGAACCCCUCCACAGACAUUCAAGAUGAUAAUGGACACAGGUUCCGCAAAUCUAUGGGUAUUUGACUCAAGCUGCGAACGAAACGACCAAGCUCUUUGUAAAUCUUACUGUGAGAAUGGUAGGCACCGCACAAAUUUAAUUUUUUGCUCUUUAGAAAUCUUUUGCCUAGCUUAUUGCCCAACUUCUUGUUGUUACAUUCGAUCCGCGGCGGACACAUGUUACGGCCGACCAAGAUUCUUUGCAAAUCAGUCAUCAACCUACACUCCAACACCUCGAACCUUCCAAAUACUUUAUGGCACUGGGAGUGCAAGUGGGAUAAUUGGCAAAGAAAAUAUUCAAAUUGGAAAUACUAAAAUUCAACAAGCAGAUUUGGGACAAGCCAGCCAAAUUGAUGAGUUCUUUGCCAGCGGCUUUAUAGACGGGAUCUUUGGAAUGGGCCAAAAAGAUUUGGCCCGACCCGGAACCUUGCCUGCGUUGUACAGCGCCGUAGAGCAGGGACUAAUGAGACCGUUCUUCACUGUGUGGCUCGAUAAAAAUGGACUGCACAAAAGCGAACGGGUUGGUGGCGAAAUAACGUAUGGCGAUUUUGAUGAUGAGCACUGUGGAGAAGUGUUUUGGGUGCCCUUGUCAGCUUCCACGUAUUGGCAAUUUAGAGUUGAAUAUCUGAAAAUCGGCGGGAACUAUAUUGGCUAUGGAGAGGUAAGAGAAAUGGAUCAAAAUUACUAUUAGAUCUUUAAACUUCAUUAUCACAAUUUUUUCCAUCUUUCGACCUAAAAAUCAGGGUCGUUUCUGCAAAGCGCGAGCACUUUCUUUCGCAAAGUUUAUAAUCUUCAGGCGAUCUCCGACACCGGCACUUCAUUCCUUGGCCUUCCGCCAGCUGUCAUCGACAUAAUCCAAACACUCACUGCUUUCCGACUAUCUCAAAUCUACGGUUACAUCGUAGAUUGUGCAACAAAAAUCUCGCUGGAGUUUCAAGUGAACGGUCGAGCGCUCGUUAUAACGGAAGAGCAACUAGUGUUGGAGGGGUAUCACAAUGGCGGGCAAAAACUCUGCAUCCUGGCCAUCUUCUCGAUGGAAGUUUCAAAUGCAACGCCAAAAUACUUGUUGGGCGAUCCAUUUAUCCGAAGCUACUGUCAAGUCUACGAUAUGCAAAACCGUCGGAUUGGGUUUGCCAAGUCAUUGUAG